AGGUGACGGAGACCAGGAGGGCGGAGACCCCGAGUGCCGCCGCCGUGGAAUGGAGCGUGCAAUCCCGUGCAUUGCAGAGCCGCCAUAGCCAACCAAAGGCACACUAUCGCGGCGCGCGUUAGAGAGUUUCGUGGAUUGCUUACGUUGCGAGAGGCUCACGCCGUACCGCACCACAUACCGGGUGAAUCUGCGUUACGUUGGAUUCCUGCAUCAUCAAUUCUUGGCGGGUAACUCGGGAUUUGAAGCAUCCAAGAGGGUGUGAGUAUUUGAUAUUUUGGUGCGGUUUAUGGUCGGGGAUCGUGUGGCAUUGGUGGCAGAAAGGCCCGUUUAGGAUUUUUUUUUGCACAUUGAUCAUGUCAGUUAGUGUCCUGCGUGUCGGAAUUGAGCUGGUCGUGGAAGGGAUUGUGAAGCUUUUGAAGAUGUUGGACACGAUUGGCUUGGCGAGUGGAGUAGGCUUUUGAGGUUUCAUCUGUGGAGUUUGCUUUCUUCUCAGAUCGAGCGUCGGUUUACGUUCUACAGGCUCUGGCAGAAGAUUGGUUGCCACCAUGGCAAGCAAUUCUGUAGCCGAAGAGCCCGUCGUCGAGAGAGCUGGAAUAGAGGAGGUGGAUGCGGGCAGCGCUGACGAGAGCUUAGAUGCAACGUAUGGAUUCACGAGACUUGAAAUGAUGAAUAAAAAACCUCUGGUUGGAAGUGUGGACUUGUACGAACGCCACAUAUUCUUGCGCUACAAUCAACCAAGUAGCUGGCCAUCGAAAGUGGAAGCUUCAGACUAUCAUCCUUUGCCGUCGAAAUUGGUCAAUGCGCUCCGUAAUAAGAAAAACGAUUUACCGAAGAAGACCCGCUUGACUAUAGCUGAAGGUCAGGAUGAGCCUGAGAAGACAAACGGUGACAUCUUGAUGUUUCCGGACAUGCUGAAAUACAAGGGAAUUGCAGAAUCAGAUGUUGAAUCCUUUAUCGAUGAAGUACUGGUCAAGGGGGACGCGUGGGCCUUAGGUGAACCGGAGCCUCUCGUGGGGAGCUAUGUUUUUAUUUGUGGACAUGGGAGUCGUGACAAGCGGUGUGGUGUGUGCGGACCUCCUUUAAGAGAGCGUUUCAAUCAGGAGAUCGCUGUGCGCGGGCUAGGUGAACAAGUGUUUGUAAACUAUUGCUCCCACAUUGGUGGCCACAAGUAUGCUGGCAAUGUCAUCGUGUUCAGGCAUGAUGGAGGUUCUGGAAGUUGCUCAGGGCACUGGUAUGGGUACGUAACACCUGAAGAUGUUCCGGAGCUUUUGGAGAAGCACAUUGGCCUUGGACAGGUGGUGGAUCGGCUUUGGAGGGGCCAAAUGGGAUUGACCGAGGAUCAGCAGAAGGAAGUCCAGCAGAGAAGAAAUCCUUCUAGUAAGCCAACUGGGGAAGUCAGAGAAGACAAUGAGCCGGAGGGGAAGAUGGAUGCUGCGACUGCAACACCUAAUGGAGCAGCCGUUCCUGCUCGGAGAAAGCAUCCUCCUCCUCUUCUUCCACGCAUUGGAUCACGUGACCUGCAUCAAAUGUGUGGGGAUGAACAAGAGGAAGAAGGCCCACUCAAACCGUACGUGGAAAAGAAAAAGCCUAGGUUUAAGUGGCCAGCAUGGGUUGAAGAUUGGGAAUCUGGAGAUACAUUGGCUGUCGCAACUGCAGUAACUGCUGUGUAUUUUGCAUAUCACGCUUAUCGCGCAACUUCUCAGAAAAAUUAAGUUUGAUUAGCAUGACAGAUAAACGAUUAUUCCGUAUGUCGAGUUUAGCUUCGUACAAACACUUGGAAUACGAUAUAUGUGAGUGCGAGGAGCAUGAUCACAGGUCCUUAUGGCUGCGGAUGCGGGAUUUUCCUCGUUUAACUUGGGUAGUCAUGGUAAAUUCGAUCUACGAAUGUAGAGUAUACUAUCGACGUAUCUAUUAUAACUCCUGACAAUCAAGCAUUAAACUCGUCAGCAGCCUUCCAAGUCAUGAUCUUGAAGUGUGGCUAGACUUUCAUUAUAAAGUAGUCACCGAUUUGCGCUAAAAUUUUACUUGUUGAAGUGUGAAA